AGAAACUUCUUUAUAAAUACAAUAGUUGGAAUAUUAAUGUAUAUAAAUCUUUUAUGGUGACGGGAAAUAUGCAAUUACAGAAAUUGAAGAACAAAAAAAUUAAUUUAAAUAAUCAAAAAAGUAAAGUAAUAUCUAAACAUGUAUCUAAAUUUCUACAAAAAACAAAUCAAGAACAUUUUGUAGAUAUAAUACCAAAAAGAUUGUUACAAAAUAAUUGUAAUAAAAAUAGUCUAUUAUACUUAGUUGACCCAUCAACUGCAAAAGAUUUAACUUCUAUAAUUUCCCCAGAAUUAUUACAAGAUCAUUAUUCUGUUAUUGAAUGUAAUCCAGGAUUGGGAUUAUUAACUCAAGAAUUAUUGAAUAUUGGAAUUCAACAUAUUACACUUUUAGAAAAAUGUGUAAAUUUUUAUAAUUCAAAUAGCCCUUUAUAUGCAAUUGUUCUGAAAUAUAAUACACGUUUAACUUUAAAAUAUAUUCCCUUUAAUUCAUUUUGUCUUUUAUCAUUACGUAAUAAAUAUCUGUAUCAAUAUGAUACAGAGAAGUCAGUAAUAUCAUAUUCAAAAUAUAAAAGAAUAGCAUAUAUAAUACCAGUUGCAAAUAAAACCUCUAUAUCAUUGAUAAUAUAUAAUUUUUGUAAUCAAACAAAAUUAUUUGACAAUAGAUCUAUUUUUUAUCUAAUUGUUUCGUCAUCAAUUUGGAAGGAUUUAUAUGAGAAUGUGGAAAAGACAUAUACGCAAUUUAGUAAACAUUACAAUCGUUAUUAUAUAAUAUUAAAACUUUUUUUCAAUAUUACAUUACUUGGAAAUUUGUCCAGGAAGGCUUUUUUGCCAUGGCCCAAUUAUGAUUUAAAUAAUUGCAAUAUUAAUGAUUCUGAUUUUCUAAUGGUUAUCAAAAUGGAGCCUAAAUUACAGUAUUUAUUUACAAAAAUAGAUUUAAAACAUUUUUGGUAUUUUCUUCGAUAUUGUAUGAGAUCCAAGACGACAAGAGUUAUAGUGGAACUUGAAAAACUUGUGCCUGGUUGUGGUAUGCGACUAAUUCUAAAUAAUAUGAAUAUGUGUACUAGAUUUAAAGAUUUAAAUCCUAAUCAACUUUUAACUUUAUUUAAUGAGUUUAAAUCAUGGCCAGAA